CUCUUUCGACGAGAGGGGCGAGACCGAAGCACCACUGCUCUCUUUCAUCCGCAAAGCCAUCCGUUCCUGCCGGGGGGGUGGGGGUUGUGUCUUGCUUUGAUUUCUUUCUCUUGCCCUCUCGUAUUUUAAAGAAGAAUCGGAGGAAAGACAUGGAAAGACCGUGACCAGAGUUUGGCCUCGGUUUACAUGGUUUUGGACGGUGGAGGACUCAGGAAGGCCACCGCCAGAGAGAUGGAGAGGCAGAAGGUUGUUGUGGUGGUGGAGGAGGCCGACGCCGCCCGGACCGCCCUCCUGUGGGCCGUGCGCAACUUCAUUCGCGGCGGCGACUCCAUCACCCUUCUCUACGUCUGCCCCUCCACGCGAUCCAAGCGGAAGCAGAGGAACUAUAGGCUCAAAGGAUUCCAGUUGGCUCUCUCUUUCAAGGACCUCUGCAAUGGUAUCGCCGAGGCUAAGGUGGAGAUCAUAGUGACAGAGGGUGACCAAGGGGCGCUGGUCGUGUCGACUGUGACCAACGUUGGGGCUUCAACUCUUGUGGUAGGACUCCAUGACAAGAGCUUUCUCUACAAGGCUCCCAUUACAAAUAUUGGCACAAGAAGCCUAAAUUGUCGGAUUCUUGCUAUUAAGCAGCACUCAACCACACAGUAUGGCCUUCUCAACACAGACUUCUCUCAAGUUGAAACUACAAGGUUAUGCAUAUCAGAAUCCAGAAACCUAUUUCCUAUCUUCCCUCUGUCUUUAAGAAUGUUCUUUGGAAAGUCUAAGAGGAGAAAGUGCUAAGGUUAUAAUUUAGAGUGCAGGACUAUGGGCAUUCCCCAUGUGACCACAAGCAAACCGUUGAUAUAUAUUUUUUUCUUUUCUUUGACUUGCAACGAAAUACACACACAAAUAGAAAAAACAGUAAAAAA